AUGGCUGGCGACCCUUUGAAGCGUAAUCAGAACCUGUAUUGCGCAUACCAUCAGGAGCCCGGUCACACUACUGAUGAUUGCAGGAACCUGAAGAACUAUUUAGACCGGCUCGUCCGAGAAGGGAAGCUGAGACAUCUGCUGCAUCGCUCUGAAGGAUGGCAAGAACCAUCGAACAAUGAAACCAGACAAAGUACGUUGAGACCACCCAUUGGCACAAUUAAUGUCAUUCUCGCCGCUCCUGGAAGGACAGGCUCUGUCCCCUUCAGGGUAAUGUCAGUGAGCAGCUUCCCGACUAAGCCAGAUGACAGGGAAUCCAAGAGGACUAGAAUGAGCGCCACGCCAUUAAUCGGGUUCACAGAAGAAGACAAACAAGGAACUAUCCAACCCCACGAUGAUGCCUUAGUCGUGACGCUCAGGAUAGGAGGUUAUGACGUCAAAAGGGUACUGGUUGAUCAAGGUAGCGCAGUGGAGAUAAUGUACCCUGAUUUGUAUAAGGGAUUGAACUUGAAGCAGGAAGACCUGUUGCCAUACGAUUCCCCCCUAGUUAGCUUUGAAGGAAAGGUCGUCAUCCCGAGAGGCAUGAUUAGGUUGCCUGUGUAA